UGGUAAGGGGCUGUACGUACAUGGAUGCACAAUUUCUGACUCCGUGUAUAAAGGCCUGUCCCCGAAAAUUCCAUCUCGCGUUCGCGAACGGAUACGCUGGCGAGUUGCACUAUGGCUUCCAGAUUGAUCAAGUCCUUGCUCCCGCGACGCGACGGUCAAGAUGUUCGCACGACGGCGCUGGAUCAGGAUAACAUCGACUUCAUCACCCAAAGCGAGGAUGCAAUUGAGAAGAAUGAUCUGAAAAAUUCGACUGUGGAGGUUGGGGAGGAAAAAGUCGUUCCUGGAGCGUCCUCUGCUUCCUCAGAGAGUGCGUUCGCAGAUGAUGAUCCCGCUGUGAGGGACAUUCCCGCUAGUGUUCGACGAAUUGUCAGCUUGGAAGAUGAUCCGACUCUACCUACUCUGACAUUUCGGUAUUUCGUCCUGACUCUCUUGUUCGUUAUUCCCGGAGCGUUCAUGUCGCAAUUGAGCCAUUACCGUACAACCUAUAUCCCGUUCUCGGUCUUCUUCACGCAGAUUGCUUCGAACUAUAUUGGAAUGUGGAUGGCCAAGGUCCUGCCAGCUUGGAACGUCAGAGUCCCGUUCACUAAAUGGGGGUUCAACCUCAAUCCUGCGCCUUGGGGUGUGAAAGAACAUGUUCUGGUCACCAUCUCGGCAGCUUCGGGUGCGACGUAUAAUUUGGCUUUCGCACCAAUCUCAAUCGCGGAACUGUUUUUCGGGCAGCGGAUCAAUGCUGGAGUGGCAAUUGUUUUCAUGUGGAGUGUUGUUGUGACGGGAUAUUCGUUUGCUGCUAUCUCGAGACAAUUCUUGCUCUAUGAUCCGCAGUAUCCUUGGUUCCAAGCUCUUUGCCAGACCGCACUGUUCGAGACUCAGAAGAAGCAGAGAGAACAUCCAGAUGCUACUUCUAGAAAACAAGUGAUCGUCUUCUGGUCCGUUCUCGGAUUUGUCACGCUCUGGCAAUUCCUUCCUGAAUAUGUUUUCCCGAUGUUGGGAAGCAUGGCUUUCCUGUGCUGGGUCGCUCCUCGGAAUGCGACUGCGAACUUCAUUGGGUCCGGUUUCGGUGGUAUGGGGUUCUUGAAUUUGAGCUUUGAUUGGUCCAAUCUCUCCAAUCUCAGUAAUGCAGGAAAUAUGUUCUUGACUCCAUUCUGGACUCAGGUCCUCAUCUUCGCAGCUUUCGUUUUAAACUGCUGGAUCCUCAUUCCUGCUGCGAAGUGGGGUAAUUUAGGUAGCUAUAAACAUGGUCUAAUGUCUAACAAAGUAUUGACAGCCAACGGCUCGACAUACCCUCUCACAUCCUUGAUCACGCCUCAAGCGACUUUGAAUGAAACGGCCUACGAAGAGAACGGUCCCUUGCAUCUAGGAACCCAAAUGCUGUGGGGUAUGUUCUUCGACUACGCUUCUUACACCUCGGCUCUAGCUUGGAUCGCUACGUUCGGAUAUCCUCAGAUUCGUGAUGCUAUUAUCAAGAUUCGAGCUCGAAAUCGAGAUAAGAACCACGAUACCAUCAAUUUCCAGUAUACCGAUCAACUCAACAUUCUUCAACGGGCGUACAAAGAAGUUCCUCUCUGGUGGUAUAUUGCCCUGUUCAUGUGCUCGUUCGUCAGCAUUAUUGCUAUGCUAGGCGCAGGACAGUUGUAUAUACCUAUCUGGACGUACUUCGUUGCAAUCGGGACUGGAGCGAUUGUCGUCACACCCUUGGGUUGGCUUUACGCCAUUUCCAACUUCCAGCUUCCAAUCGGAACUACCAAUGAGCUUCUGUAUGGAGUCAUGAUCCAGGCUGUGAGCGGACACAAGAACCCAACAGGCGCUUCAGUCUACAGUUCCAUCGCGGGUGAUGCGUGGUAUCGAGCCCAAUACAUGCUUCAAGACCAGAAAAUCGGGCACUACAUGCACAUCCCACCUCGAGCAACAUUCUUCUCCCAAGUCUUCGGUGCCACAAUUGGUAUCCCCAUCAACUACGCCGUCAUCCGCUGGGUCCUCAACACAAGAUUCGACUACCUGACCGGAGCCAUCAAAGACCCUUCACAUCAAUGGACCGGACAAUCCGUCCAAAGCACCCUAACCACAUCCGUACAAUACGUCCUCGUCGGCCCAGUAAAACUCUUCCAAGAACCCACCUUCCGCGCCCUCCCCUACGGCUUCCUCGCCGGCCUCUUCUGCCCCAUCAUCCUGUACGGUCUCCACCGGCUCUUCCCGACCUCACCCCUGCGCUUCCGCCUCUGGAACACCACCAUCUUCUUCUCCGCGCUCUCCACCUUCUACGGCAACCUGUCCACGGGCUACUUCUCCGGCUUCAUCGGCAGUUUCGUCGUCAUGCAUUGGGCAUUUAGAUACCGAUACGAGCUGUGGGCCAAGUAUAAUUAUAUCCUGGCGGCGGCGUUUGAUACCGGGUUUAAUUUUAAUAUGUUGUUGCUGUUCUUGUGUUUUGGGGCGGGGAAGAUUGUCGUUAUGCCGAAUUGGUGGGGGAAUGAUGCCGAUAAUAGUGAGAGGUGUUUUGCGUUGGAUUCGUAAGCGGGAGGGGUGGUUGGUGGAGUGUGGGUUGGGUAGUGAAUUAAGAUGUAUAUUGUUGUGAUCUCUGUGAAAGGAAACAGUGAAUGAGUGAUCAGCCACUAACAAUACUAGGCUGCAGAAGAAGAAAGCUUUAUGGUUCGUCUGAAGCUAAAUCUGUGCUCGGGUAUCCUAGUAUUUUGUCAGCAAAGAAAAGUUUCACGGCA